GUGCAAUAUUUUUUCCAAUAUAGUGCGAAAAAUGUUUAUGAAAUAUAUUUUACUCAUUAUUGCUAUUGUAGUUUUACAAAAUGUAUACGGGUUAAGCAAAGAACAACUGAAGAAAACUUUGGGGCUUAUGAAAAAGUCGUGCUUGAGCAAAAGUGGUGCCACAGAAGAUAAAGUUGCCAGUAUUGAACAAGGUGCUUUUCUGGAAGAAAAGAAUGUAAUGUGCUACGUUAUGUGUAUAUACAAAUCUGUUCAAGUGGUAAAAGACGAUAAACUGAAUCUAGAAAUGGUGAUAAAACAAGUAGAUUCGCUAUAUCCACCAGAAAUGCGAAGUUCCGUCAAAAACGCCGUCAAUAAGUGCUUGAAUGUCCAGGACAAGUACAAUGACGUAUGCAGCCGUGUUUUCUAUGCUGCCAAAUGUUUAUACGAACAAGAUCCACCAAAUUUUGUAUUUCCGUGACUUAAUAAAGCAAUUAUGCGUUAUAUUUAAACGUUUCAAUCCAUUUUAAACAAAAACUAAACAAACAAGUCACUGACCCGACCAUAGACGGCUUAGUGAUGGCCAUUUGUAAUGCCAACUACAAAUCGAUUAAUUAAUUGAAUGAAUAGAUAUGUUCAAUUGAGUAAUACUGGCGGUUUUCCUUACAUAACCUAUGUAAGCAUAUUUAAAAUUUCAAA